AUUGGCAUAUGUGCCAUGUAUUUUAGUAGUCCAAGUUGCCGCUCUGGUUAUUGACUUAUUGUGGAGGAGCGUGCUGAGUCGUUGGGUGAGGAGGAGGAGGAGGCGGCGGUCGUACCUGGCCUUCAUCUCCAUUGCAAAAGCUCUGCUCCUUGCCUAACCCAAAUGGGUGACGUGGCCAAGGACCUGACGGCCGGCACGGUGGGCGGCGCGGCGCAGCUGGUAGUGGGCCACCCGUUCGACACAAUCAAGGUGAAGCUGCAGAGCCAGCCCACGCCGCCGCCCGGCCAGCCUCCCCGUUACGCCGGCGCCGUCGACGCCGUCAAGCAGACGCUGGGCGCCGAGGGGCCCCGGGGCCUCUACAAGGGCAUGGGCGCGCCCCUCGCCACCGUCGCCGCCUUCAACGCCGUGCUCUUCACCGUCAGGGGCCAGAUGGAGGCCGUGCUGCGGUCCGAGCCCGGCGUGCCGCUCACCGUCGGCCAGCAGGUCGUCGCCGGCGCCGGCGCUGGGGUCGCCGUCUCGUUCCUGGCGUGCCCCACCGAACUCAUCAAGUGCAGGUUGCAAGCCCAGAGCGCCUUAGCGACUGCUGCUCCUGCCCCUGCUGCCGCCGGCGCGGGAGGCGUCGCCGCCCCCGCUUCAGUGAAAUACGGUGGCCCGAUCGACGUCGCUAGACACGUGCUCAAAUCAGAAGGCGGCACGCGCGGCCUCUUCAAGGGCCUCUUCCCGACGCUCGCGCGCGAGGUCCCCGGCAACGCCAUCAUGUUCGGGGUGUACGAAGCGAUCAAGCAGCUGAUCGCCGGCGGGCAGGAUACGUCGCAGCUCGGCCGUGGCUCCCUGAUCGUGGCCGGCGGCCUCGCCGGUGCCUCCUUCUGGGGCUCAGUGUACCCGACCGACGUCGUGAAGAGCGUGCUCCAGGUGGACGACUACAAGAACCCCAAGUACUCGGGCUCCAUGGACGCGUUCAGGAAGAUCCUCGCCGCCGACGGCGUGAAGGGAUUGUACAAGGGGUUCGGCCCCGCCAUGGGUCGCAGCGUGCCGGCCAACGCUGCGUGCUUCUUGGCGUACGAGGUGACCAGGUCCGCGCUAGGGUGAUCUUGCACCAUGUCACUUCGUUCUGAUGUUUCUUUCACACUUGUUCUGAUUCAUGUGAUGCAACGAUGGCGGCGAACUGUGUAACUCAUCUGUAAAAGAAAAUUUGUUUAUGAAAUUUGCAUUGCAUUCA